AUGGCUAGCACAAGGAGGGCCAGCCUCCUACGAGGAGAUAUCUCCCUGGAACGGGCGCUCGAAAAGGAGGAAAACAUGAUUGUGCGUCUCCAGUGGCCGAAGGACAAGUUGGCCUUCCGCGACUACCUUGACGACAGCCACCAUUCCAUCCAACAGAUUGUGUCUCAUCACCUGGGCCUCUCGCGGUCUCAUCUUUGCCAGAUAUCCCACCAUUCCGACUGGAUCUAUGGCGGCUUCAAUGUUUGCAUUCCAGUCGCUGUCACCGACUCUCGUUCCCGGCGCCGUUUUAUGCUGAGAUGCCCCUUGCCCUAUCAACUAGGCUCGGAUAUCGAGGAGAAGUUGAGAUGCGAAGCCGCUACCUUUGAGUAUAUCCGGGAAAACUGCCCCGACAUACCAAUUCCAUACCUCUGGGGCGUCGGUCUCCCGAGUGGAGAAGCUUUUACUCCGCUUUCCCAGCUGCCGCUUCUUCGUCGAUGCUUAGAACAUCUGCGGCGUACUUUUUUGUGGCUGUUCCGAAAACCCCUUCCCUGCGCACUAUCCAGCCACCCAUCUCGCUAUACCUUGAGUUCAGGCUAUCUUUUGAUGGAUUACAUUGAUAGUUCGCAGGGGCAACUCCUUUCUUCCGUUUGGCCUGACGCACGUCAUGACGAGGAGCUGCGGCAUAACUUUUUCAAGUCCCUCUCUAGGAUCAUUCUUUCUUUAGGUCGAACCCCGUUGCCGCGCAUAGGUUCUUUCACCUUGAGCAACGAUGGCGUUUUGAGCCUCACGAAUCGCCCACUGACCCUCAGGCUCCCGGCUCUAGAAAAUGAAGGCAUUCCUACUGACAUUCCGCGAGACCUCACGUACAUCACGGUGGAUUCUUACCUUGCCGAUAUAUUGCGAUGCCACGACGCUCGCCUAAAACUCCAGCCUAACGCUGUUAAUGACCAGUACGAUGCUGAGGGACAGAUGGCCGUUUUAACCAUAAUGCGUGCCCUGCCGCUAACCAGACGUGAUCUUCGGCAUGGGCCUUUUGUCUUCCAUCUUACGGACCUCCACCCUGGCAAUAUAUUUGUGGAUGGUCAAUGCAAUAUCAUCGCCGUGGUCGAUUUGGAGUGGGGUUGCUCAUUACCUGUAGAGAUGGUCUCUCUGCCAUACUGGUUGACGGGCCGAUAUGUCGAUAUGCUGACUGGGGAUGCGCUUGACAGAUUCAACGCUAUGCGCGAAACAUUUAUGGCUGUCUUUGCACAGGAAGAGCAGUCCUAUUGCAACCGCGACCCCACCGAUGAGCAAUCUCGUACUAUGAUCAUGAAAAGGGCCUGGGAGAUUGGAACAUACAACUUGUUCCACCAUCAUUUGCAGCCUAUUUUCGCGCCAGAACAAUGCAUCGAUGCCGAUGAAGAAGAUGCCAAAGCGAUACCGACGAGAUUUGCGAGUUAG